UAACAGCAAUAUAACAGCGGACGGGUGUGCUGCUCUGACUUCAGCCAUGUCAUCAAACCCAUCACUAGUCGUGACUGAGCUGGACCUGAGUGAAAAUAACUUAGGAGACACAGGAGUGAAGCGGCUCUGCGCUAUACUAAAUGCUUCACACAACAGACUCAAAAGACUCAACCUUAGAGACUGCAAUAUAGGAGCACGGGGGUGUGCUGCUCUGAUCUCAGCUCUGACAUCAAAAGCAGACUCAAAUCUUGAAUAUCUGGAUAUGAGAGGAAAUAAACUAGGAGGUUCAGCAGUGAAGCAGAUAUCUGCUCUGAUGGAUCAAAAUAACCAACUGACUGUGAGGGUUACUCAUAAUGGUGUCCGAGGUGGUCUUCCCGGCGCUGCUGGUGGUGCUGCUGGCAUAGUGCCACGUGGUGCUACUCUCAGCUUUUUUGUUGCUGUUGCUGUUGCUGCCUGUGCUGCUUUCUUUGCUGCUGUUGGUGUCGUUCCUUUUGUUGCUGCUAUUGUCUAUGUUUUUUUCUGUGUCCUUCUCUCUCCUAGUACAGAUAAAAAUGAUGUCCUACAAGAAUUUAGUGCUAUUGUUUGUGUUGUUAUAGGUUUUGGCGUUGCUGUUGUUGUUAUUGUCGGUGCUUUUGCCGGCACAGCUGGUUUUGCUGCUGCCGUUGUUGCUGUUUGUGCUGCUGUUGGUGCUGAUUAUGGUGGUGCUGCUGGUGCUGUUGUUGGCGUUACUGUCUGUGCUAUUUCAAUUGGUGCUGUUUGCACUGUUGUUUGCGGUGGUGCUGCUGCCGGAACUGCUGGCGGUGCCAUUGUCUGUGCUGCUGUUGAUGUUACUGCAGUUGUUGCUGCCGGUGUUGUUGUUGGUAGUGUAGCUCACAAUGAUGCUAUUGUCAAAUCUGCUCCCAUAACUACUGUCUGUACUGCUGUCUGUGCUGCUUUAAAUGUUGCUCUCCGUGCUGCUUUUGGCGCUACUGUUAAUGCUAACGGUGCUGUUGUUGGUUCUGUUCUGGGCUUCGUUGCUACUUUUGGUUUUGUUACCAUUUUUGGUGGUAGAGGUGCUUUACACCAUGUUAAGACUGCAAGUACUGGUGUCAUUGCUGCUAUUUUAGUCAGCUCUGUUGCUGCUGGCACUGCAGCUGAUGACUUGUUUGCUGUUUCCAUUUUGGUUGGUACUGGUGCCUGUUUUAGUGCCUGCACAGGUGCUGUCACUGGUGCCUGUGCUGGUAUUUGCGAACUUACUGACUAUGCCCCCACAAGAAAUGACUAUCGUACCGCCUAUGAAGUUGGAGCUGAUGCUGCUGACGAUUGGUCAUGGUUGUUUCUUUCACUGAUGACGGUGGUGCUGUUGGUGCUGUCUGUGGUGCUUUAA